AUGGACAGAGGGGUGCGAUGGAUAGACCGCGCGCGCAAUGGAGGCAGAGGGAAGGUGGGGAACGCGGCGCACCUGGAGGAGGCGGUGGUGACGCUCAAGUCCAAGAAGGACGGCGAGACCGUGUUCCGGGUGAGCUUCGAGUGGGACGAGUCGCAGGGCAUCCCCGGCGCCGUCCUCGUCAAGAACCUGCAGCACGCCGAGUUCUUCCUCAAGACGCUCACCCUCGAGGGCGUCCCCGGCAAGGGCACCGUCUUCUUCGUCGCCAACUCAUGGAUCUACAACCACGAGCUCUACGACCGCGUCUUCUUCGCAAACGACAUUCAAGAAAGAAAGGCGAGCCGGGCCAGCUUCCUCCUCUCCAUCGCUUCUUGCCGGCGUGGCCGAGCCCAAACAGCUGCAAGGCAGCCCACCGCCGCCCAUGUCUCCGCCGUCCCCGUCAACCUCGCGCGUGCGCUCGCCUUUGAGCUGGAGCACACUGCACACACCGCCGUCACGGCCUCACGUGGCGCCGCUGCCGAGCGCCGCGUCCCCGCUGUCUCUCCUGCAUGCUUGCCACCCAGGUCGCCGCACCACGCGCCGUGGCACUAUCCUCGCCAGCUAGCCGCUUCCUUCCUCUGUCGGCUUGCGACACGCGUCGCUCGCGCGCGCCCGCCCGCCCGCAGACAACAUGGUCGCGUUCCCGAGCAGCCACAGCGCGUGAAUUCCUCGUUUCGCCCUCGUAGCUUUCCCUGUGCUCAUCGUUCCCGGCCGCCGCGCCUACCGUCGUCGCCCCACCGCGGUCUAGCGGCGUGGAGCCUCUGCCGCCGCCCGUAUGAACCAGCCGCCGGGAGGCAUUACAGCCCCUUCCCGCACGCCCUUACAACCGGCCGUACUAGCCACUGGGCCGUCCUCAGCCACCGCCCGCCGACCUCGUGGGAAGCCCGCGUGACCACCCCCCGCCUCGGGCGACUUCCGCCCUGA